AUGCCUGCGAAGCGAGCCCGCGGCGCCUCGCGGCAGCCCGCUGCGACGGCGUCGUCGACCUCGGCCGCGGCGAAGGGCGCCGCGACCUCGUCGGUGCUCGUGCACCGCUGCCGUUUCGUUGACCAGGUGCCCGAUCCGGUCGAGUCCCUCCAGUACGACCCCUCGUGCUCGCGCCUCGCGGUGCUGCGCGCCAACUCGGACAUCGAGCUGUGGUCGCUCAGCGAGGGCGGCUGGUUCCGAGAGGCGUACGUGCCGGGCGUUCCCGACACGCCCGUCCGCCGACUCGCCCUCGGGAGCCGAACCGCGUCGCACCCGGACGGCCGCCUCUUCUCGUGCGGGCUGCACGGCGUCGUCACGGAGUGGGACCUCGCGCGUCUCUCGCCGCUCGACAACUACGACUCGCUCGGCGGCGCCGCCUGGUCGCUCGCGCUGCACGCCGGCUCUGCGCGGCUCGCGGCGGGCUGCGAGGACGGCGGCGUCACGGUGUUUGGGGUGGUGGAGGAGGGGCUCGAGAACGUGUACCGGCUGCCUGCGCGUGGCGGGCGGGUCCUCUCCCUCGCCUUCUCCUCCUCGGGCGGCCAGCUCGUCGCCGGAGGAGCGGACGGCUCGGUCCGGCUGUGGGCGCUCGGCGGCGGCGGCGCCGCGAGACACACCUGGAGACACACCUGCCAGUUUGUGCUGGAGUCGGAGGGGCGGAAGCGGCCUCCUCUGGUGUGGGACGUGCUGCUGCUGCCCGACUCGCUCGUGGUGACCGCCGACUCGUCGGGCCGCGUCUGCUUCUACGACGGCCGGCGCGGGGCGGUAGAUGGGCACGGCACCCUCGUCAACCGCUUCCGCUCGCACGAGGCCGACACGUGCUCGCUUUCGCGGAAGAGUCUCGGAGGUGUCCACGAAGCCGACGUGCUCGCCCUCGCCGCCACUGGAGACGGGUCGCACGUCUUUGCGUCCGGCGUCGACCACAAGGCCGUCGAGAAGGGAGAGAGCAGCGGCGGCAGUCCGAAGCCAGCGCUGGGCCCCAGGAAGGCGAAUGCGAGGAGGGCCUCUAGUGCGAGCUCCAUCUAG